AUGGAGACUUCGGAGUCCAUUGAGAAAGAUGCCCAUGUUUUGCAAGUUCUCGUGCUUGACGGUGGUUUCGUGCGUACCAUCUUUCUCCGAAAUACAUGCUCGUGCCUAAAUUGCUUAUUGUUCGUGAUGUCCAUGGCGGUAGGGAACGACACUGGAGGACAUGUUUCACUGGAACAUAUCUACACCCCUGUGGUCAGCGAAACCUAUCGAUGACAACCUGGCAAUGAUUAUCGACACACAUCUUGCAUUCUUGUGUGCCGGCGCAGAUGUCAUUCUCACCUCAACGUACUAGGCAGCCCUCCUUGCCGCAGACUAAUUACUCAUACGGAGAUGUAGAUACCAAUGUGCAUUCAGCACAUUCGAAUGAUGCGGCUACGGAAAGAACGACGCUAAA